AUGGCCGUCGGAAAGAACAAGAGACUCACCAAGGGCGGCAAGAAGGGCGGCAAGAAGAAGGCCGGCGAUCCUUUUCUCCGAAAAGAGUGGUAUGACAUCAAGGCCCCCAGCAUGUUCACAGUGCGCCAGUGCGGUAAGACCUUGGUCAGCCGAACGCAGGGUACAAAGAUCGCCACGGAGGAGCUCAAAGGCCGCGUGCUCGAGGUGAAUCUCGCAGACCUCAACAGCGACGAGGACCAGGCCUCCAAGAAGAUCCGCCUCUGCAUCGAGGAGGUGCAGGGGCGCAGCUGCCUCACCGACUUCCACGGAAUGACCUUGACCAGGGACAAGAUCUGCUCCUUGAUCAAGAAGUGGCAGACGCUCAUCGAAGCGCACGUGGAUGUGAAGACCACGGACAACUACGUGGUCCGCAUGUUCUGCAUUGCCUUCACCAAGCGCCGACAGGACCAGGUGAAGGCAAAUUGCUACGCACAGUCUGCGCAGAUCCGCAAGAUCCGCAAGAAGAUGACCGAGAUCAUGACGCAGGAGGCCAGCAAGGUGCAACUUCGGGAGCUCGUCAAGAAGCUGAUCCCUGAGUCCAUCGGCAAGGAGAUCGAGAAGCAGGCCCAAGGUAUCUUCCCGCUCAAGGACUGCCUCAUCCGCAAGGUGAAGAUUCUGAAGAAGCCCAAGUUCGAUAUCACUAAGCUGAUGGAGCUCCACGGGGAUGGCGGUGACGACAUGGGUGUGGAGAUGGUCCGCCCCGAAAACGAAGAGGCCGUGAACACCUUGACGGCCGAUGUUGCGGCUGCUGCUGAAGACGACUAG